CUCGUUUAAGAUAAAAAAUUACAACCAUCCAUCAGGAUGGCAACGAACAAAGGGUGGAAAGAGGGGGAAAAAAAAAAGAGACUAUGGGCGGCAGGGCAUAACAGCAGCAAUCAGCAAAAUUAUUAUAGCGAUCGGAUUGGCGUCUCUCAGCUGAGCACCGGCGAGCUGCGGAAAUGGCCGUCUCCCUGCCUCCUUGUUCGUCCACUCUCUUCACCACUUCGAAGUUCGCGAGAUGCAAUGUCUCCCUUCGGCUGCCCUUAAAUCUAGUCUCGACUCUGCGACGAUCUGUGCCGAGGGUGUACGCCUCCAUCAGCAACGCAUCCUCAACAAUCGAUACUGAUUUGACCACCGAGCUGGACGCCGUGUCCAGUUUCAGCGAGAUCGUUCCGGACACCGUCGUUUUCGAUGAUUUCGAAAGGUUUCCACCGACAGCCGCCACUGUUAGUUCUUCCCUCCUCUUGGGUAUUUCCGGCCUUCCCGACACCAAGUUCAGGAGUGCUAUAGAGACUGCAUUGGUGGAUAGCGAAUGCUAUGAGCAGCAGAAUCCCAAUGACAGACUGUCCUGCUUCUAUGAUAAGGCGAUGGUGAAUGUUGGAGCUGACUUGGUUAAAUUAGUCCCCGGUCGGGUAUCAACUGAAGUGGAUGCUCGUCUGGCUUACGAUAUACAUGGCAUUGUUCGGAAGGUGCGUGAUCUAAUGAAGUUGUACUAUGAAAUAGAUGUCCCUCCAGAGCGUCUUCUCUUUAAGAUUCCUUCAACUUGGCAGGGGAUAGAAGCUUCACGGGUUCUGGAAUCUGAAGGAAUACAAACGCACCUGACAUUUGUUUACAGCUUUGCUCAAGUAGCAGCUGCAGCUCAAGCAGGCACAUCUGUCAUCCAAAUAUUUGUCGGUCGCAUUAGGGAUUGGUCUCGCAAUCAUUCUGGUGAUCCUGAGAUAGAAGCUGCUUGCAAGAAAGGAGAAGAUCCUGGACUGGCUUUGGUAACAAAAGCAUACAAUUACAUUCACAAAUAUGGGCAUAGAUCAAAAUUGAUGGCAGCGGCAAUCCGCAACAAACAGGAUAUAUUCAGCCUUCUUGGGGUUGAUUAUAUAAUUGCACCUCUGAAGAUAUUGCAGUCUCUCAAAGAAUCUCUCACCUAUCCUGAUGAGAAGUACUCAUUUGUUAGGAGGAUGUCUCCUAGUUCUGCCACCGCAUACAGUUUUAGUGAAGAAGAGCUAGUGAAGUUGGACCAAGAGAGCUUUUCAGCAGCUAUGGGACCUGGGGCUAAAGAGCUUUUGGCUGCCGGACUGGAAGGGUAUGCGAACCAAGCACAGCGCUUGGAGGAGCUUCUUGGGAAGAUAUGGCCGCCCCCUAAUGUGUAGUUUCUCUUUUAUGGGAGCUCUGAGAUAUUAGUGGAAAUAAUAAAGUGACUUGGCCUGUCAAGAUGGAACUCUUCUUGGCGCUGCUCAGCGUCCUAGUUGCCUUUCUUCUUCCGCUGUAUUAAAUUUUUGAUUACACACCAUGUGUUACCAGAGAACAAUCACUCUGAUGUAAUUCACCACGGGAUGUUGCACUACAAUGCUUUAUUUUACGAGUAACUCAUUCUUGGCGUUGGGGCAUUUUUAACCCAUUCAGGAUACAAAGAUUAUCUCA